ACAGACAUUUUGUUCAUUGUGACAGUGACAGAAUAUAGCAGAAACAAGCCAAUUAUUCUGGAAAAUUAUUUAUGUUUUUCUAGAAAAUGAACGACAACGAAGAUGAGCUGACCACAUUUUGUGAUUCGGCGGCAUCUCUUGUCGAAGGAUGUCGUCUGCCUGUGCGUAUGCAAGGAGGUGAUGACUGGCCUUUAGCUGAAAUUAUAAGUAUUAAAGAAAUACGUGGACAAAGAGGAUAUUAUGUGCACUAUGUGGACUUUAACAAACGUCUCGAUGAGUGGGUGGGUGAAUCCUGGUUGGACACGAGAAAGGUACAGUUUCCAAGAAGAGAUGGAGUGUCAACGGGGGGAACAACAACUCCAAAGAAGACUCACAUUGGAUCAGGAGGUGGCGUCAUGCCCAAUUUUAUUAAUGACACUGUCUGCAAUGAAAGUCAGAAGUCUAGUACCAUACCGAGUAGACCUACUAUUGCGAACCAACAAGUUCAGCCAAGUCCACCCCAACCUAAAGUUCAUGAGAAAGCCCAUUUAAAUGCACUCAAUGGUUCAACGCCAAAAAAUGCACUCGGUGUGGUUGCCGGUGAGCCGCGUCAGUUGGUGUCUCGUCCAGCAAGCCCAACGUUGGGCAACGACUCGUCGUCGCUCGUCAAUGGCGGAGCUGUACUUGCGGCUGCUUUGCAGAAGAAAAUGAAUAGGAAACGGAAAGCGCCAUCUAUAGACAAUGAAGAGCCCAAGCAAAAUUCUAAAACUUUUCAGGCGGAACCAGUUCCGUCUGUUGAGAAUGAAGGGAGUGAGAACACGGCUAGUGGCACCGCCACCCCUACCACUAGGCCGAGGCAGUCGGGCAGUAUGGUCGCUCAUGGACACGACGACCUUGUCACACGUAUGAAGAAUAUUGAGAUGAUUGAAUUAGGAAGGAAUCGGAUACGACCGUGGUAUUUCGCCCCUUAUCCUCAGGAAAUGGUUAACCUGCCUUGUAUUUACAUAUGUGAAUUCUGUUUGAAGUACAGAAAAAGUAAAAAGUGCCUUGAAAGACAUUUGAUCAAAUGCAAACUAAAACACCCACCCGGCAAUGAAAUAUACCGCAAAGGCAGUAUAUCAUUUUUCGAGAUAGACGGACGAAAAAACAAAUGUUACGCUCAGAAUCUCUGUUUACUAGCCAAACUGUUCUUGGACCAUAAAACAUUGUACUACGAUACGGACCCUUUCUUAUUCUACGUUAUGACAGAAUUUGAUGCCAGAGGAUUUCACAUAGUAGGAUACUUUUCUAAAGAGAAGGAGAGUACAGAAGACUACAACGUCGCUUGUAUACUGACACUGCCUCCAUACCAAAGGAAAGGUUAUGGAAAACUUCUUAUAGAAUUUAGUUACGAAUUGUCAAAGUUUGAAGGGAAGACUGGAUCACCCGAGAAACCUCUAUCCGAUCUUGGUUUGUUGUCGUACAGGAGUUACUGGGCUCAGACUAUAUUGGAUAUUCUUACACACAUCAAACCGGUCGGAGAUAACGAAAAACCCAUUAUUACCAUCAACGAGAUCUGCGAGCUAACCAGCAUAAAGAAAGAGGAUGUUAUAAGUACACUACAGAAUUUGAACCUUAUAAACUACUACAAGGGCCAAUAUAUUAUAUCGGUCAAUGAGGUGAACUAUCAUUUUAUUUUAAAACUCAAGCGAAUGUAUUUAUCGUGAAUUUGAUAUGUUUUUAAUCAUGAUAGGAAACCUUGCAGCAACAUGAAAAGGCGAUGGAAAAAAGAACGCUACGCAUCGAUCCCAAAUGUCUUCACUGGACACCGAAAGAUUGGUCGAAACGAGCCAAAUGGUAGUUGGCGACGUCUAUGCAGUUUGGAAGAUCAUCGGACAACGGUAACAACUUAUCCUACUGUUUUUGCGGUAGUCAAUACAUAGUAAAAUAGUAGAUUUGUAGCAUUUCUCAAAAAGUGUAUUAUUAGAUAUGAUUGUAUGGUUAGUAUAGUAGUACCUUAAUAUGUAUUGAAGUAUUGUGUAUUCUACCUCGUACAUAGCAACAUAGUAUCUUAUUACUAUUAGUAAAUUGUAAAUAUCUGUCCAGUACUAAGGCUGUUCAGGGUUUUAACUUCAAUUUUAAGUAUUAUAAUCAAAUCUUUGCCUUUCAUUUGGCCUAAUCUUAUUGUCAUGUGUCCGAAUUCAACAAAAGAGGUGUUUUAUUUUUCCUAAAAUGUGGAUAUUGUGAUACCACCAAUGACCUACUUUUCAAAUUUAAAGAAAAUGAUUGUUUUUUUUUACCGUAAGGUUUAAAAUCCCUUACUUACAAGUUUUAUUAAGAAAUAGUUUCGUGAUUGAUGUGUCUUACUUAACUUUCUCGAUUUUAUUUCUGCUUCUUUUACCUGAUUUGGAAUGUAAUUUAAUAAGUUUUAAUGUUAGUUCUAAAUAAUUUCAUUUCACCAUUCCUUAAAGUUGCACUUUUUGAGAACUGCAAGAAGAUAUAGAUAAUAAUUUCUAGUCUCAACAAAGACCGGUUCAUUUCUAAAUAACAAAAUGUGAGAUUGUGUUGUGUAUGAUUGAAAUUCUGUUCAGUAAUGCUCGCUACAUUAGCCACGUAAGAUAUUCAAUACAUUUCGAUAUGUAAGCCCUUAUUGUGAUAUUAAAUAAUAUCAGUUUUUAAUUA